UAAUUUUGUUUAGAAAAACAGUGCAGUCUCCUUUUUUGAGUGUCAAUUUUUUAGUUGGUAAAAUGCAGAUUCACUCAAAUGUUUUCUUGGUCAAAUUGAUAAAGUAAAUGUGUUCAACAAAGGCUCAUAACAUUGGCGAUUUAUUUGUGAUUUUUUGUAUAAUGUAGUCCGCAAUAUUAUUUAGUUAUGGAUAAAAACAAUGUAAUAGAGUGCGGUGGAUUUUUUUUUGUUCAUAAUUUUGAUUCGGGGAACCUCGGACACGUAGAGCGGGUGCCCACAGAACUAAUUGGACCGUGGCCGUCUGCUGUUGUACCGUCGAACAUAGUAGCGACAAACAAGGCAUUGUUAAAUGAGACACCGGACUAUGAGUUCAAUUUGUGGACGCGACCUGAUUGCGCUGGCACCGAGUUCGAGAAUGGCAACCGUACGUGGUUCUACUUCGGCGUACAAGCCAGUGACGCUAAUAUACUGGUACGACUUAACCUGAUAAACCUGAACAAGCAGGGUAAAAUGUACAACCAGGGCAUGGCGCCCGUGACGCGCACGCUUCCUGGAAGACCUCAGUGGGAGAGGAUACGAGAUCGCCCUAUACACUCGACCGACGACAAUACGUUCACGUUGAGCUUCAAAUACCGCACCUCGGACAACACCAAGGCGACGACUUUCUUCGCCUUUACGUAUCCGUUUUCAUUCGCCGAGCUACAGAUUGCGCUUAAUACAAUCGACUUAAAGAUGCUUCCGCUGCCACCACCGCUGAGUCCUGAUGAUAUUUAUUAUUAUCGAGAAUGUAUCGUCUAUUCUCUUGAAGGUCGGCGAGUAGACCUACUAACGAUAACAUCGCAUCACGGCAUCACCACCGAACGGGAAGAGAGGCUCAGGAACCUGUUCCCCGACAACCAGGAAAGACCUUUGAAGUUUCAAAAUAAGAAGGUGAUCUUCAUAUCAGCUCGCGUACACCCAGGCGAAACCCCAUCCAGCUUCGUGUUCAACGGCUUUUUAAACUUGUUGCUGAAUCGCCACGAUCCCAUUGCCAUACAACUGCGAAGGCUCUAUGUGUUCAAAAUGAUCCCGUUCCUAAAUCCCGACGGGGUCGCCAGAGGGCACUACAGGACGGAUACAAGAGGAGUCAAUUUGAACAGAGUCUAUUUGAAUCCGUCUUUUUUGUUACAUCCUACAGUUUACGCUUCAAGAGCUUUGAUACGGUACUACCACCACGGCUGUGAAGUAGACGACGUAAGCGAAGAUAGCAAGAGCUUCAUGUCUCGGAGUAUUCAGAACAUCAGCACGAAUUCUGACAUCUUGGAGAGAAAAAAGAAAAACUCCGGAACAAAUGCGUUUGCAAAAGCAACAGAGUUAUACAAGCGACCGUCAAAAAAUCGAUCUAUCACGAACAUUAAAAACACCGACAACAUGUUGAAGAAGGACGCUAAGAAGGAAGAGCCCAAGGUCAACACCGAAGCCACUAAUCUCGCUGAACAGGUAUGCGACAUGACAAUCCGAGAGAUGCCUUCCCAAACCAGCGAUCUGUCAUUAAAAUUGUCGUGCACGAACGUGGAACCAUCGCCUUCUCUCCUCAACGACAACGUCCUCCGCACCUGUCUUGGCUCCUCGGUGCAUUUGAGCACCAGUGAAGAGCUCAACUUUCAAGGAAACAAUCCUUUACGACCAUUAAGGGAUACCUUAAAGAACAGCAUCAGUUUACUUAUGGAAUCUAACUCUUCUGUUACUGACAGCACCGCGAUAUCGGCGAAGGAGUCUCGAUUAUCGAACGUGAAGAUGGGCUGGUGCACGGAGUGCCGGGCGGCCGUCUCUCGCCUGGAGGACUCCAUGCCCGGCCUCACCGGCCUCGUGCCCGGGUACCCCGCCGUAGCCUUCAAACCAGAAAGCCCCACCUACUCUUCAAUUGAAGAAUACAGAGAGCACCAAAAACUACAAAUAGAUGAGAUGAACAAGUUGCAGCAACAAGAGCAACAGAAAUUGCAAGAGCCAGACCAAACCGAACACGACAAAACCGUCUACUUCUGCACGAACUGCUUUAAACGGUACAUCAUCAACGAAAGCAACGAAGAGAUCUGUUUGCAGGUGAUGAGCGAGCGCCCGGCGUCGCACACGUCGGUGACGGUGUCGGCCGGCGACAGCGGCUCCGUGCGCGGAGCCGCAGACGCGCACGACCGCGCCCGCGCACCCGCCGGCUCUACGGGCGACCAGCCCACCAACGCCACAACAAAAGAAGAUAAGAUGAAGCUGCUGUCGACGAAAGCACAACGCAAGAAGCAGCCGACCGCGCAGGUGACCACAAUCGCCAAACCCAAGGAACCCGAAUCUGGGCUCUAUUUGUACAUCGACCUCCACGGACACGCCUCUAAAAAGGGCAUCUUCAUGUACGGCAACCACUUCGACGACCUAGAGAGCUCCGUGGAGUGCAUGCUGCUCCCGCGCAUCAUGUCGCUCAACAACCUGCACUUCCACUUCUCGUCGUGUAACUUCACUGAACGGAACAUGUAUCUGAAAGACCGUCGCGACGGCAUGUCCCGCGAAGGUUCAGGCCGAGUGGCGGUAUACAAAACCACGGGAUUGGUCAGAUCGUACACGCUCGAGUGCAACUACAACACCGGACGACUGGUGAAUGUCCUACCUCCCACCAUCCGCGAGGGCCCCGGAGCUGCCAACUUAUCCAGCCCAAUGCCCCCCAAGUACACGCCGCACAUCUUCGAAGAGGUAAACCCGUUCCAGGUAAAAGUGUAUCGGAGGAAUCUGGAGGUUUUCCAAGAAAUGAACCCUUGUAAGGUGGGCCGGUCGCUGGGCGCGUCGAUCCUGGACCUGACGGGCCAGCACCCCAACUCCCGCAUCCCCUGCUCGGAGCACCGCAACCUCGCCGCCGUGCGCGACUGGCUGCGCGCGCACACCAGGACCAUGCGCCCGCAGCUGGCGACGUCGCGGCUGCGGCCGAAGGCGACGUCGCCGACGCGCGUGCCGCUGUACACGCGCGGCAAGAUCGCCGCCAAGGAGAAGGAGGAGCGCAAGGAGAACGCGUUCGCGGGCGGGCGGCGCUCGCCGUCGCUGAGCGGCGCCGCGCGCUCCGGCCACGACAUCCUGGCGCUGAACGUGAAGCUGGCGCGCAAGGCCGAGGCCGGCGCCGCGGCGCCGCGCCGCUUCCCCGACGCCGAGCCCAAGGCCAAGUCGCUGGCGGCCAAGCGGCGCAACGUGCUGGCCAUCCGCAAGCCGAACGCCAGCAAGACGCAGAUCGGCGGCGUGGUGAAGGCGAAGGCGGCGCGGCGCUCGGCGGACGACAGCGAGAACCCGCGCGCCUCGCACUCCAAGCUGGGCAAGCGCGGCUUCGCGCGCGGCCCGCGCGGGCUGCGCGGCGCGCGCUGCCGCGCCAUGGCGUCGUCGUCGUCGGACGACUUGGGCGGCGCCUGGGACGAGGCGCCGGGCGCCCCCUCCGCCCCCUCCGCCGCGCCGGCCGCGCCCGCCAAGCGCCGCCCGCUGCACGCGCCGCCCGCCGCGCUGCUGAAGAAGAUCCGCCUCAAGCCCGGCCUGUAGCCCCGCGCGCGGCCGCGCCCGCCCCCGCCCCCGCCGUAGCGCUGCGAACUCGUACUCCUGCGUAGUGAUCGGUGAUCGAUGUCGUUAACGGAAAUUUUGUGUUCUGUAAGCAUAAUGGUUUUAUUAUGUGGUUUUGUCGUUGCAUAGUAUAUAUUGGUAUUUUGUUCCCGAUUUUACGUUUUUUGUAUUUUACAUUGAAUAAAAAGUAUACACUAUCUUUUAAUAUGGCUUUAAAAAGACAUAAAUAUAGAAAAGCUG